GUGCGAACCGAACGUCAGGGAGGCUGUGUCUCGAGCCGGGCAACGUGCGUGGGGUAGAGCUGCGCGCGGCUCACCGCGUCAGUCGCACGCUACCGCCUAUCGGAGCGGGCGCCUUCACGACUGCGUCGCGCAUUUUUAUACACACCGUUCGAAAUUUUCGAUCAUUAUACACAACAGUGCUUCCGUUUUCUAACUUUAUAUUGAAUGGAUUUACAAGGAUUACGAGUGGAUUUGAUGCUUGAGAAUUUUUGAGUGGUGAAAAAUUUUCGGAAAAGUGUUUUUCUUGUUUGUGGCGGGCGGGCGGAGAGGGCGCGUGCCCGGAGCGCCUGGUCGGUGGAUGGUGCGGCGCGCGCGGGCGCCGGGGCGCGGCCGGCGGCGCCGCUAGCAAAAUGUCGAUACCCCUAGGCCGGGAGACUGUGCUCCCCACGCAGUGCAUGGCGCGAGCGUUGUACGACAACAUAGCGGAGUCGCCCGACGAGUUGGCGUUCCGGCGCGGAGACCUGCUGACCGUACUGGAGCAGAAUACGGGCGGCAGCGAGGGCUGGUGGCUAUGCUCGCUCAGAGGACGCCAGGGAAUAUGCCCGGGCAACCGCCUGCGCAUUGUAGCGGGCGUAUUUGACGCAAGUGCGGCGUUGCAGCGGCGGCGCGCGCGCACCCCCGCGCCUGUUGCGCAUCAACCGAUGCCGGCGCAGCAGUCGCCGGCGUUUACUAAGAUAGAAGAAUGCUCACAUUACGAUGUGCCUCGCGCGCCCAUGCCAGUGCAGAGAAUUGGGAACUAUGACUCCCCAAGGCCCAUCGGUGACUGGUAUGACGCCCCGCGCGCGCCCCGCCCCGCCAGCGCAGACUCAGCUUGCAGCGGCACUGGCUCCCUCACAUCGGCCACAUCCAGCGCCUCCGCCAACUCGGGAAGCUCCGCACACUCGAGCACGUAUGACGUGCCGCGGUCGCGCGCCCUGCCGCUGCCCUGUGACGCAGCGCUUGAGGCUUUGGAGAGAUUACAGGAGGAAGCGUCAGCGGCCGUGUCGCGUCUGCUGUCAUACGUGACGCCGGGCUGGCGGCGGCGCGGCGCGCUGCGCCCGCGCGUGCUCGACGUGCGCGUGGCGGGCGCGCGCCUGCGCGCCGCGCUGCACGACCUCGCUGUCUUCGCGGACGCCACGCUCGCCAACGCGCAUGAUGCGCAGGAUAAAGGCAUCGCAGUAAAGCUACGGCCACUAGUAAAAGCCCUGAAGGACGCGGAGCGCAUAACGCACGAGGCGACGUCAGCGCUGGACGCGGGCGACUGGGCGCCCGAGCGGUUAGAACGCGAGCGAGAACCAACAGACGGGACGCAAGACGCGCUGGACCAGCUGGUGGCCUGUGCGAGGUCCUUGACAGAGGAUGUGAGGCGAGCAGCUUCGUUUAUACAUGGGAAUGCGUCGCUAUUAUUCAGGCGGUCAGCAGGCACAGUUCCAGAACACGAAUGGACGGAAGAAUACGAUUACGUCCGCCUAGAAUCGCGUACGGCGGUGGGGCGGCGGAACGCCGAAAUCCGCGCUGCGUUACCCGACAAGCUACGGGCGUCGUUCGACGCGCUUGUGAGGGAUGCCGACCACGCUGGCGAGGUCAGCGCAGUAGCAGCAGCGACGCGCCUGCCCGCCGACGACCGUCAACUCGCCGCGUUCUACGCCGCACAGGCGGCCACGUACGGAGCGCACCUCGCCACGGCCGUCGAAGCAUUCUUACGGACUGUUGAGAUGGGGCAACCGCCUGACGUCUUCCUCGCGCAUGGCAAGUUCGUCGUGCUUAGCGCGCACCGAAUCGUUCACGUUGGGGAUACGGUCCAUCGGAGCGCCCAACACGCCGGCUUAAAGUCGCGAGCCCUCCGAUGUUCCGACGCGCUGUCAGACGCGCUCGCCGCCACCGUCGCCAAGACCAAAUCCGCUGCUCAACAGUUCCCUUGCGCCAGCGCCGUGGCGGAGAUGGCCGAGGCUGCCCGAACGUUAGCCGCAAGAGCUCAAGAGUUAAGGCGGGUUUUGGUUCGCGCCGCUGACCCGCCCGCUGACACGCCGCUGACCCCCGCGACGGCCGUCGCCCCCUCCGCACCCACCACCCCUCUGACGCCCUGCACGCCGCACAACCCUAACCCACCUUCAUUGGCCACUCUACAGAUAUAAUAGUAGAAAUGAACAAUUCUUUUGAAGGAAACUAAAGCCAGUGACGUCCUUGUGAAUGUGAAGUACCAGCGGAGCCAUUUGGGGUGUACGACGGACGGUUCUUUUGAACGUUAGGCUGUGAAUAAUAUCACGUUGGCUAUGUUGAAAGCGUUUCGGUGUUGAAUUAAAGACAAUUGUAUGUAAAGCUUAUACAAGUUUAACAUAAUCUGCUGCGCAGGUCUUGAUGUUUGGUAUUAAAUAUUUCGCCUCUAUUUGAGGUUGACGGCCCGAUACCUAUAGUGAACUAUGCUAAAAGGUACGGUGCAUAUGGUGUUAAAGUUAAAACGCGUCGGUACCUACAUAAGUUAUGUAAGAAAACUAGAAAAAUCAAGGCACACUUAUUAUUGAUCAAGGAGUUUAACGAAUCAUUACCAAAGAAUUGUCAAGAUAGUACCCACGUAGCUACAAAAUGUAAACACGACUGCCAUAAUGACGACGAAAUAGUUGUAUUUAAUGUUAGCAUAAAUAUGAUCUACUUACAAUAAAUUAAAGGCUGCCAUUAGUAAUUUAUAGGGUUCCGAUAGUUACCCUGCUAUACAAAGACGCUCAAGGUAAUCAGGUGAGGUAAUGACAACGCAAUUCGAAUGGACGUUAUAAUAGCAGUUGUAAAGUGACGUAUAAAUAAUUCUGAGACAGACGUCUAAACUUGUGAUAACUUACCUCUGAUAAGUCAGAUUCAUAAUAGCUGAACUCGUAACUACCUAAAGUUUUAUAUUGAGCUUUUUUGAGCUAAGGAGCCAUAACGAAAAACUAUUGUGAUGUCAAUUUAUUGACAUUUUUUAUCUAAAGGCCUUUGGUGUUAUCACAUGUUUAUCGAGAAGACAAUUUGCGUGGUGGUUUUAUAUAAAGCCCGCUCCACACUCUUGCGCGAACGCAGCACGAAGCCGCGAACGCGAGUGUGGAGUCGAUUUCGCAGAUCUGGAGCGCGCUAAAGAAGAGACAGUACUAAUCGACUAUCGGGAUCCUACUCGGAUCAACGUAGUUUGUAUGCCUCGGCGAAUUUAUUUAAACGACACGGAUGUCAACUAUAAGGUUUUUAUUGCUGGAUGCUCAUUUGCAGUAGUGAGUUGAGUUGUCCGUCCAGGUUUUAUACAAUUUUGCAUCAGCUAGUUACGACUUUUAGAUUGUGUACGUGUGAAAGUGUACUUUAUGCCGGAGGCAUAACGUUUCUUUUCUAACGAUCGGAUGGUUGUCAUAUCUUAAUUAUUAAUAUCAUAAGUAUAAUAUCAUUGCACAAUUUUAUGUCAGUUUUUGAUAUUAUACUGCUGGGCCCUAAUUUAUAAACCAAUUACAAUUUUACAAGCACUGUCAAGCGCUGACAAGAAAAUUGUAACUUGUAGCUUUACUAAAUAGGGUCCUGGGGCCCGUUUAUCAAAAGCUUGUAACUUGUAACACAAGUGGAAGUCCCUUUCUAACAAAAGCUUUAAAAAAGUGACAUCUGCUUGUAUUACAAGUUACAAGCUUUUGAGAAAGCUGGUGCUGUUUUUUCUUGUUGGUGCCAUGUUUAUGUUGGAAGACUAAAGGUCGGUUGCACCAAACUGUUACGAACGUUAAAGAGUUCGCUAAAUUUUUAUGUAUGGAAAGUUUCAUAGUAAAGGCGCGGGGCGCGCCGGCUGACGAUGAUCAGUCUGUCAAAUGUGGUUGGUGCAACUGGCACUUAAUAAUAUAUACGUGAAUAAGACUAUGAUUUGUUCUGAAAGAACAAGAAUGUUCCUGUAACUUGCCUCACGAGUCAGCGUGCUAAUAUAACCGGUAUAUGGUAGCUAAAAUCCAGUGGCUAGCGGACAAGCAACCACCUCUUACGAUCGCGAUUGACUCAAAUCAUUAUAAUACGCUCAAACUAUAAAUGUAUUAUGUUAAAUGAGUCCUUUGGAGUCUUAACACUGAAAUCGUCAUUCCACACGGAUUAAGAAUCUGCCUUUUUAUGGUAUCUGAUAUUCUGCUAUGAAUCUAGCAUUAACCAUAGACAAUAAUUAGAGACCAUAGAUAUUUAGAUUCCUAAUUUAAGAUGCGUGUGGGAUAGCUCUUACACAAUUUGGUAUGAGUCAGAAGUUGAAAGAUUCCACGUAUUGAAAAAAAACGUAUUUAACUGAUUUGCAAGACCGAAGUGAUCCCAUAAGUGUUCCGUAAACAAAGUUUUGUACGGAACACUAACUAGGGUAACCUAUCCUAAAAUAAGUCAUCUUUUCACAGUAAUUUUGGUAAUAACGACCGAUACCGAGAGAGUGGCUAAUUUUAAGGCAGGUUACCCGAAUGUUAGUGGAAAAUUUAUUGUUAUAUUCAUAACUCCUUUGGACUCUAAAGCUUGUCACAUAGACUCGUGGCUCAUUACUUAAUCUUUACACUACUACAAUAGCAUUGUGUAUGUAUGUAUGUACUUACGUUUUGUACUUUAUACAUAAACAUACUAGAUAGAAGUAGUCUAUGUAAAAAGCAUGUUGUAAAUUAGCAAUGUGUAAUAUAUUUCAAAUAGGUGUCGUAGUUUAGUUAGUUAUAGAUGGAAAUUGUACAAAUGCAUAUUUAAAAAAUAUUAAUUUUAAUAUUGAAUUAUAAUUUAUCAUCAUGUAAAAUGCAAUUAAGUAAAAUAUACAAAUUUUCGUAUCUA